UGAGUGAAUUUUGUAAGGAUUUUGAGGCUCUUUCCUUUGAGACCCUUAUCCCUUCCUUUCACAUAUACCACCUCAACGCGCACACUUUCAAUACACGACCAACGCAAAGCAUAUCUCUCUAUAUUUCUCUCUCUAGCAGCGACUCUAUCUCUUUCGUACCAUUAUUAGGUGAGCGAUGAAGGGAGGAAGAUCCAAGGCUGAGUCCAAGAAAGCUGAUACCAAGCUCUCUGUGAAGAGAGGAGCAGCAGCGGGUGGGAAAAAGCCGGCGGCUAAGAAGGGGAAGCCGGCUAAGGAUCCAAACAAGCCCAAGAGGCCUGCCAGUGCUUUUUUCGUUUUCAUGGAGGAGUUCAGGAAGACGUACAAAGAGAAGCACCCUAACAACAAAUCAGUCGCCGCCGUAGGUAAAGCCGGUGGUGAUAAGUGGAAAUCGUUGUCAGAGGCUGAGAAAGCUCCAUACGUAGCCAAGGCAGAGAAAAGGAAGGCCGAGUAUGAAAAGAACCUUCAAGCUUACAACAAAAAGAUGAGCGACGGCGCCGGAGCCGAGGAAGAGUCCGACAAAUCGAGGUCCGAGGUGAACGAUGAUGAAGACGAUGAUGAAGAUGGCAGCGGAGAGGAAGAUGAGGACGACGACGAGUGAAGAAAAUGAUGGGUUUUCAAGAUUUAAAUCUUUUGUCUAGAAAUUAUCGUACAACAAUUCCAUCUGGACUAGGCUACUCUUACCCUUUGAUAAAUAGCUGCCCUUUUUUCUUCAAUUUUUUUCUGCCUUUUUUUGUAGGAAAAAGAAAUUAAAAAUAGCUGCUCAGAUGGGAUUGUUUGUUUAUGUAGUACUAUUACUUCUCUGCUGUUCUUAAGAUAUUUCCCUCCUCCCAUCUUCCCUUAGGAUCCAUCCUCCUCUGCUUAAUGAUAAUCAUCAUCUUGGGUACA